UGUUGAAUGGAGGUGUGUUCAUACCAAAGUCAUACCAAAAUGGCUGAUCAAGAAGAAUCAAAGAUAACAGUCCACGUCAAAUCUACCAAGCAGAAGAUAGAUAUUGAUAUACUCUCGUCCGAAAGCGUUGGAAAGUUAAAGGAAAUGCUUAAAGAAAAGCUUGGCGACGAGAACAAAGGUGAACUGUGUUUGAUAUUUGCUGGAAAGAUACUGAAGGAUGAGGAAACUUUGGAAUCACAUGGACUCGUCAAGACUGGUUUAACAGUCCAUUUAGUGAUAAGACCAGGAAAGGCCCAAGGUUCUGCUGCUACUCCUGUUGGUCAGAAUAGUGGAACGUCAACAAAUUCAUCUACUGCCCCUAGUGAAGCUGGGACUGGUGGGGGGAGUGGCCUGCCUCAAGCCCCGCCCCUAAAUCCAUUUGCAAUGUUUGGUGGAGGAGGAGCUGGCUUACCUGGUGACAUGCAGGGUCAGAUGCAACAGCUGAUGGCUAAUCCUGAGAUGAUGCGCCAGAUCCUUGAGUCACCAAUGAUGCAGAGUUUUAUGUCAAAUCCUGAUGCUUUACAAAGUGUGCUAACUAGUAAUCCACAGAUGCAGCAGCUAAUGGAGCGUAAUCCUGAGCUCUCUCAUAUACUGAACAAUCCUGACCUGAUGAGACAGGCAAUGGAGAUGGCCUCAAAUCCCAGUGCCAUGAGGGAGCUGAUGAGAUCACAGGACAGGCAGUUAUCUAAUAUUGAAAGUCUCCCUGGUGGCUUCAAUGCAUUGGCUAGGAUGUACUCUGAGAUACAGGAGCCUAUGAUGGAUGCUGCUCAAGAGACACUUCAACAGCAAAUACAGAACAAUCCUUUUGCAGCUUUGUUCCAAGGACAGCAAAAUCCUCCACAGCCUGACCCUGCUGCUCCACCAGGCACUACUAACACUAGUCCCCUGCCUAAUCCUUGGGGUGGAGCUACUGGAGGAAGCAAUUCUGGAAAUCAGAGUUCUGGAUCAGGCAACAACACUGGUGGUAGUGGGAGUGGUCAAAAUGCAGCCACGCCUCUUGGUGGGAGUGGUCAAGCUAAUUUAUUGGCUCAGAUGAUGGCUGGAGCUCAAGCUGGAAGUGGUGGUGCCUCUGGUCCCCCUAGUGGUCUGAGCAUGCUCUCAAACCCCGCCUAUCGGGAGAUGUACAUGCAGACCAUGCAGAACCCACAGACCCGUCAGAUGAUGCUACAGAUGAUGAGGAACCCUGCCUUCAUGCAGCAAAUGAUGCAAAACCUUCCGCCGAGUCUGAGACAAUCAGUGGGCAAUGAUCCUGAAGCACUCUCAAGAAUGGUACAACAGUCCGAACAUAUGCUGAAUAAUCCACAGAUGCUAGAGAUGAUGUCUAAUCCUCAGGCAAUGGAAGGGAUGAUGAGGAUGAUGGAAGGAUAUCAGCAAAUGGUCAAUGCUUCUGGUUCUGGAGCACCCAAUCUCCUUGGAGGUCUUGGAUCAACAGCUAGCAAUCCUUCAAGCACCACUUCAGGCUCUACCACUCCUGCUCCUCCCCCUGGGGCUGGAAUGGCACAAUUACUACAGAUGCUCUCAAGCCAAUCAGCCACUGGAGCUAACCAGAGUCCUUCAACUAGUGCUGAUACUACAGGAGGAGGGGGAGGAGGAGGAGGAGGGGGAGAAGAGCUGUCACCUGAAGAGAGACUUGCUCGUCGUUACCGAGUUCAGUUAAAUAUACUAGAAGGAAUGGGCUUCCUGGAGAGAACAGCUAAUUUACAAGCUCUGAUGGAGGCUAAUGGGGAUAUCAACACGGCCAUUGAUAAGCUAUUGAAUGGUUAGAGGUCAAUUGAACUUGUUCAGCUGUGCAGUGCCUUUAAUAUUAAUUUAUUAUUAUUGUGUAAAAAAGUUGUUUGUUGCUAAACGUCAAUAAAUAUUUCUCUUGUUGUUGUUAUAAUCUUAUUAUUAUUAAUUAA